AUGAAUGAAGUCACUAUCAAACAGCUUGUGAGAUAUCAUCCGAACCAUCCAGAACCGAAAAUUGAUGUUGUAUUUUUUGGUGCCAUUAAAGAUGCAAAUUACGUCGAUCCAGAUCCAGUUGAACACCAGAACUGGAGAAAUGAAGAAGAGAUGAAAGAAGCGGCAUAUGCUGAUGAGUUGAAAAUUCUUUCCGAGUUCAAAAACACAAAGAAUGAGUGGUAUGUGAAGGAAUCUUGGAGAAGACGUAGGAAAGCCACUGCUAUUGUUAAAGAAGGUGAAGGAUCGUCAUCAAAACCUAGAAAGAAGCAAAAGAAAGCAGCAACAAUGUCUUUGGUUGAUGAACCGGAAGAAGAUAAUCCGGUGGUAACUGCAGAGAAAGAACAAGUGGCAGCUACAGCAGAUAAUCCAUUUAAUGUCGAUGUGUUAUUUGAUACAGAUGUUUUGGAAACAGGGACAGAAGUUGUCGCUAAUGCUGAACAAGUUGUAGAUGUUGAAGCACUGAAAGAGAAAGAAAAGAUUGUUGAUAAUAUUGAGGGUGACGAUGUAGAUAAAAGUACAACAAGUUCAUCAAGUUCUUCAGAUGAUGGUAUUGAUGAGAUUGAAAGUCGAAAGAGAAUUCAAGAAGAAAUAGAAAAAGAGAAGCUGUUAAGAAAGAGAAAGAGACAUGAGAAAGAUGAUGAUGAUGUAUAUGUGCCUUCUCCAGAGCAUGUCUCAGGAUCACAGUCUUCUCCAAAAGCUAGAAAGAAAGCGGGAGGUCGCAAGAAAGUAGUUUCUCCAAAAAUACGCAAAGUCACUUCAAAGAAGACUCCGAAGAUUGUGCUAAAGAAGAAACCAACAAAAGAAAGUAAGAAGCCUCCCACACCACCACAUGAACCAACGCCACCACCAUCACCUAUUCCUCAAUCACCACCACCACAACAAACUUUAUUCACUUCACAAGAUCUAUUUGGUACACCUCCACUCACUCAAAUGCAACCUGGUUCGUCUAGCAGAGGUCUUUAUACUCCACAGGAUAAUCUUUUAGACAUCGGAAAUUUCGACUUUGCAAAUAAUGAUCAAUUAUUGAAGUUGGAGAAAAGGAUGGAUGAAGUGUUAGUGGAAAACAAGAAGCUUGUUGCUGAAAAUAAGAAAGUGUCUGAUAAAGAAAGACUUCUUGAGAUACGUGUGAAGAAGUUAGAGAAUGAAAAUCAAGAAUUGGUGAAAAAGAUCGACGCUGAUCAAUCUAAAAUUGAUAUCUUGAAAGUUAAAGUGGCUGAACUUGAAGAAGAGAAGACAAGACGUGAUGAACAAAACGAAUACUUCAAGUUAAAGAAUAAAGAACUGGAAGCAGCUAAAAAAUCAAGAGAUCAUGAGUUCUAUAUGCUAAGUAAAGUCGUUGAAAGCAUGCUUGGAACUUUAGUAGAACAAAAAUUCGAAGAGCUGCUAGUAGAGGAGAUCAGGGCUCAACGUCAAGCAGAAAUGGAUAGACAGAUGCAAGAUAAAGGUAAGGGAGUUGAAGGUAGUUCAGCUGUGACAGAAAGAUCAAUAGUUCCUUCAAUGGUGGUUGAGAAUCCCGAGCCUAUUUCUGCAAUAUCUGGUCUGUUUGAAGAUGAAACACAUCUUGCUGAGUUAGAAGGAUCUAGUAGUGAUGAAGAUGAUGAAGAAGAGGAGGAAGAAGAGAAAGAGGAUAAAGAUGAGAAAGUAUUCUCUGCGAGCAGUCACAGUUCUGAUAAUGAUGACGAUGAUGCUCAAGGGGAAGCUAGUGGAAAGGGGGAGUCUGGUAAGUCUCAGAUCAUUGAACAUUCUGAAAAGUUAUUCUUGAGUUUAGAUGUUCACAGAGAAAUGUUGCAAAAUGUGAAUCCUGAAUUCAAGAUUGAUUCUGAAGAAGAGUUAGAGUCUUUUGAUAUUAAUCAACAGCCUGAAUAUUCGUAUAAGUAUGUUGAAGAGGCUGAUAAGUAUGAUUGA